AACCCAUUAAACGUCUUCCAGUUCUUUCAAUCGUCUUAAACGUCUCUUUCGCGUCUUUUAUCUCACCUCAAACGCACAUAUCACUCGUCUCUACACAAACCGCAUAAACUUCAACAACCCGUUACAAUGCCUCCCAAAGCCGCCGCCGCUCCCAAGAAGGCCUCUGGCCAUGCCAGCUACCAGGACAUGAUCACUGAUGCUAUUGUCAACCUCAAGGACCGAAAGGGCUCCAGCCGCCAGUCUUUGAAGAAGUAUGUCAAGGCCAACAACGCUCUCAAUGUCACCGACAACAUGUUCGACUCCUUGUUCAACAAGGCCCUAAAGGCUGGUGUUGACAAGGGUGUCUUUGAGCAGCCCAAGGGGCCUUCUGGUGGUACCAAGCUUGCCAAGAAACAGCCCGAGCCCAAGAAGGCUGCCGCCCCCAAGAAGGUUGCCGAGAAGAAGGACAGUGCUGAGAAGCCUGCCGCUAAGAAGCCCGCUGCCAAGAAGGCUGCUGCGCCCAAGAAGGCUGCCACUGAGAAGAAGGCCGCUGCCCCCAAGAAGGCUGCUGCCGAGAAGAAGACUGCCGAGAAGAAGACUGCCGAGAAGGCCGAGAAGACAGAGAAGGCCGAGAAGGCCGCUCCUGCCAAGAAGGCUACCACUGAGAAGAAGGCCGCCGCUCCUAAGAAGGCUACUGCUCCCAAGAAGACCGCUGAGAAGGCCGAGAAGGCCGAGAAGGCCGAGACAGCUCUCACAAAGACCAAGGCUGGCCGCGUCACAAAGACCACAAAGGCUGCCCCUGCCAAGAAGGCCGCAGCACCUAAGAAGGCCGCGCCCAAGAAGGCUGCUGCUGCUGCUGCCAAGGCGUAAUCUGACGCUGAGCAGUAUUGAACUUUAAAUUAAUGACGACCACGGCGUUAAAGGAUCUGUUCACGGCUAGGGCACGGGAAGUACGGUUACUGGAAUUUCGAUGGUUUGGUUUGGAGCGGGAUUAUUCGGCUGUUUAUUUGCGCACGUACGCGAAGACAAGACUCGCGUCUGUAUGGUUCUACCCUCAGCCAUCUCAUGUUUUGGAGAUGGUACACU